AUGGCAGCCUCUUUACCUCAGAAGCCAGGGAUGGCAGGGAUGCCCGCUCAGCAGCAGCAGCCCCACCUGCCCCCCGGCGCUGCCUCAGCCGCCGGUCAGCAGCCCAUGCCCCCCCAGGGAGCUCUGAGAGAGAUCUCCCCCGUGUUCCUCUGUCGGAUUGGACAGGAGACUGUCCAGGACAUUGUCACUCGCACUAUGGAGAUCUUCCAGAUCACACGGGCUACUCAGCUUCCUAAUGGUGUGACCCAGAGCCAGGCGAUGUACCAGGACCGCUUCGGGAAGCUCCAGGAACACCUACGGCAGCUCGCCCUGCUUUUCAGGAAGCUCAGACUCCUGUACGAACGCUGUGUGGAGAUGACCUCUGACCUGCAGGAAGGGCCGUCAGAGCUUCUGCCGUACGUAGGAGAGGAGCUGGUGUCUGUCAAAGUGGAGCCGUGCAGUCCUGCUGUCAACCAGGAGAGAAAAGAGGUUCUUGAGAAGGUGCGUCAGAAGAACCAGGAGAUGAAGGUGCUGAUGGAUCAGAUGAGGAACCUGCUGUGGGACGUCAACGCCAUGCUGACCCUCAGGAAAUGAUAGUUCCAGUAGAUGCACUCUCUUUCAAGAGAAGCAUUCCUCUACAGACGUACGGACUGCGUCACAGCAAAGCCCAGGUGAAAUAAGGGAAGUCUGUUGGAUUUGGAGUAUGGGACCUUUUCACUUUGGCGCACCGUCUUUUUGGUGGCACUUCAUCACUGACAACUUACAAGUCACAGUUCACCCGUCUACUAUUGUUUUAUGUAUUAUAUUGAAGUUGUUGAGGGGAAACUAUUAUUUAGAUAGGAUAAGACUUAAAGGGAAGCUAGUAUUGUUUAACCUGAACCCUAUUUUCCCAUGUUUUUUCGUCACACUGACUAAUGGAGACAGCUAUUUUUGAACUUGGACUAGUAUUGACAGAGAGCACUGUAGCUGCAGCAGCAGAACAGGCUGCAGUGUAGUCCCUAUAGGCAAUGGUGCACUGUCAGUUUACAUCCAUAAAAAUGCUUGCAGGCUUCUUAUUAUUGUCUGCUAACAUUAUGGAGAAGACCCAAAAGAAAAAUGAAAAGACCUUCCACUAGUCUGUUUGUUGUUGUGUGUAACCAAGGUUCUCUGAAGGAACGGUCUCUCUCUGAGAUCUCUCAGACUUUUCCCAAUCAGCUAAAUAUUCAGCCGUGACAUUGAAAAUCUUUUUGAUAACACUAAGCCACACUUUUUGUACUCCAACACAACAAACUCGUCCCGGCACUCCUCUCUCCAACUCUCACAGAUGUUUUUUCUUGCAACAAGUCUCCUUUCUUGAGUCUGUAGAAUGAGACUUCUCCUUGAGCAAGGCCAGGUCACAAUAACAAACAGACCAGCGAAAGGUACUGAAAAACAUUUUAUCUCUCUGCAGGGUCCUUUCCAUAAUGCUGUCUGCCGCUUAAAAUAACAAUCUGAGCCUCCCUUGGAAAAAAACGAGCACUUCCAGUGGAUGUACAUCGAGGUCUGCAGUCUUAAAGAUUUAUCUGAUAGAUUUUGAAAGUCAUGGCUGAAUGUUUAGCUGAUUUCAACAGUGUGGAGAAGUCCACAAGAUUUCAGAGCUUCUUCUUGAGCAAGACGUGGGUACACACAAUAACAAACAGAACGGAUCAGCCAAAGGUAAAGAAAAACAUUUCGUUUCACUGCAGGGUCUUUUUUGCUUAAUCUUGUCAGACACUUAAACAACUGAACUUACACAAUGUAAACCUGUCAGUGGCAAAAACAAGCACAUUUAGUGGAUGUAAAUGGACACAAUUGCCUGUAGGGAUUACACUGCAGCCUGUUUCGCCACUGCAGCUCCAACGGUCUCUCAGUACCGGUCUCCACUAGUCACUUAGACACAAAACAUGUGAAAAAAAGGCUCCAGGUUGAAGAAUAUCAACAUUUCCUUUUAAUGAAAGCUUAAAAAAAGCACAAACUGCUACAACAACCUGGGAGACUCCAACUCCAACAUCAUUGUCUCUUUGUAAAAGGCAGCUGACAACCCGAUUAAUCUUUGCCAAGUGCUCUACAACUGUUGUUUUGUCACUGUGUAUAUGUGAAUAUGUUAUGGACUCCUGUUUCCGUACCGCUUAAAUAAUGAGUUGAAACCUGUAUUGCUUCCGGUAAAAACAGAAAGUUUUCUUGAAACAGUGCAUUCAUGGUGUUUUGCCCUCGGGUGCUGACUCAACACCAGACAGACUUGAAUUCAUUGCAGGUAAUUCAUCCAGAAAGCACAGAAGCUGAUCUGACGACUGUGUUUACAAUAAGAACAAUCGCCCUUAUUAUGCUCUGUCAGUUGUAAAAAAACAAAACACUAUGAGUUCAGAAUUCAAAUUAGCCCCUUGGCAGCUAUGUAUCUCAGGUGCUUUGUACAUAAGUGUGUGUGUGUGUGUGCAUGUGCUUAAUGAGAUUAGCUUCCUGAGUGCUAGACAGCACACCUGUUUACCCUGAGGGCGUCGAGACUUGCUUGCCUGUGAAUUUAUUUUUGUAAACUGUGGGACAAAAGGAAGGCCUGCUGGGGU